AUGGGCAAUAUUGAAACUGUACUUUCCAGUAGUAUUGCGGCUGUCUUUUUUGCAGCUUUUGUUGUUGCCGGAACUAUGUGGUAUGGUUCAGCAACUACCCCAAUCGAAUUAUUUGGAAUUGGGCCUACUCGUUAUCAAUGGGAUCAGGGGUACUUCCAGCAAGAGAUAUAUCAAAGAGUUAGUGCUGGGCUAGCCGAAAAUCAAAGUUUAUCAGAAGCUUGGUCUAAAAUUCCUAAAAAAUUAGCUUUUUAUGAUUACAUCGGCAAUAAUCCGGCAAAAGGGGGAUUAUUCAGAGCAGGCUCAAUGGAUAAUGGGGAUGGAAUAGCAGAUAUGAUGAUGAACCACAUUUGA